AUGGUGCAACGUUCUCGCCAGCUCCUGGUGGAGAUGUACACGCGCCUGGUCGCGGACCAGGGCGCGCUCUCAACGCUGGCCGCGUCCGAAAAGCCGCUGCGUGUGUUUGCGCACGAUCUCGCUGCGCUCACGUCGUCCCCGGCGGAGGUGCUGGGCGAGACAGACGAAGAGAAGAAGGCGACCGACCAGUGGCUCGACGAGCUAGACGGUAUGAACGGCAGCUUGGAGUCGCUUAACAAAAAGCUCGAGUCGCGUACCUUCUUGAGCGGCAACAAGCCGACCGCCGCUGACUACUCGCUCUUUGCGUCGCUGUACGACGUCGUGUCUACGCUGCCGGCGCCGGCGCAGCAUGCUCACCCCUCGUUGGUGCGCUACUUCUCGCACAUGUCGCAUAUCUCGGCUGGUGCCAAGCUUGACCCGCCUGUGUCGCCGUUUGAGCCCGUGUUCGACGGUUUCCCGAAGAUUGAGCGCAAGGCAGAGCCUAAGAAGGAGAAGAAGGAGAAGAAGGGCGGUGAUGCCGAGGCGGCGAAGAAGGGCGAUGUGAAGGCUGCCGUGCCUGAAGCGGCUGCCGCCGCUGCCGUGUCGGAAGGCAAGGGCAAGAAGGAGAAGAAAGAGAAGAAGCCUGCAGCGCCUGCAGCGCCGGAGACGGGUCCUCAGCCCAGCAUGGUCGAUUUGCGUGUCGGUAAGAUUGUGAGCAUUGAGCGUCACCCUGAUGCGGAUGCGCUGUACCUGGAGAAGGUCGACUUUGGCGAGCCUGAGGGUCCGCGCCAGAUCUUGUCGGGUCUUGUGAAGUUCGUGCCGAUUGAGGAGAUGCGGGACCGCUGGGUCGUGGGUGUGUGCAACUUGAAGCCGGCGUCGAUGCGUGGCAUCAAGAGCUACGGUAUGCUUCUCUGCGCCACGGCCAAGGAUGGCAAGGACGAGGGUGUGGCCCCUGUAUCCCCGCCGGCGGACAGCCAGGUGGGUGACCGUGUCUAUGUGGAAGGCUACGAGGGUAUGGAGCCGCUCGAGCAGAUGAACCCGAAGCGCAAGAUCUUCGAGGCUAUUCAGCCCAAGUACACAACGACCGACGCCAAGGAGUGUGCGUGGGUCGGCCCUGGCCCUGAUGCGCCGGAAGGUGAGGCGACGCCGCGUCUUUUGCGCCUCUUUUCUGUCGCCUCCACAUCACAUGCACGGUUGUCCGUCCAGAGGCACGUGCGAUCUGUUUGUUUGUCUACCAUGUCGGACGUGACAGAACUCCGUGCGAAGUACGAAGCGGCUGGCCAGUCGCAUGUAUUCACCUACUGGGACACCUUGUCGCAGGAAGAGAAGGAUGCUUUGGCUCAGCAGCUACGUGCCAUUGACCCUGCGCGCAUGAACAAGGUCGUUGCGCAGGCGCUGGAAGCGGACGAAGCUGCGCGGGAGGCGAAGGAUGCCAAGGUAGAACCGCCGCCUGUGUCGAGUAUGGUAUCGACGGUCGGUGAUGAGGAGAGCGCUGCGAAGUACCGCAAGAUCGGUCUCGAUGCGAUUGGGGCCGGCCAGGUAGGUGUGUUGCUGUUGGCCGGUGGUCAGGGCACGCGUCUUGGCUCCUCGGCCCCCAAGGGCUGCUACGAUAUCCAGCUGCCCAGUCAUAAAAGCCUGUUCCAGUUGCAGGCUGAGCGUAUCAGCAAGCUUCAGCAGCUGGCUCGUGCGCAUGCGAAGCGCGAGGAUGUGGUCGUGCCCUGGUACGUCAUGACCUCGGGCCCGACCCGUGCGCCGACUGAAGCGUUCUUUACAGAACACAAGUUCUUUGGCUUGGAUCCUGCCAAUGUGAUCUUCUUUGAGCAGGGCACACUUCCCUGUAUCUCGAACGAAGGCAAGAUCAUGCUUGAUGACAAGGGCAAGGUCGCUACGGCGCCUGAUGGCAAUGGUGGUUUGUACGCUGCCUUGCGUGCGCCGACCAGUGCUGGAAAGCCGUCCGUGAUUGACGAUUUGCAGCGUCGUGGUAUUCAGUACCUGCAUGCUUAUGGUGUAGACAACUGCCUGGUCAAGGUCGGCGAUCCUGUGUUCUUGGGCGUGUGCAUUUCGAAGAAGGUAGGCGCAGGUGUCAAGGUCGUGAAGAAAACCGACCCGGCCGAGUCGGUGGGUGUCGUGGCGCGCAAAGAUGGUGCUUUCAGUGUCGUGGAGUACUCGGAGAUCCCACCUGCGCUGAGUGAGGCGCGAGGUGAGGACGGCGAGCUGCUCUUCCGCGCGGCGAACAUUGCCAACCACUUUUACACGACUGAGUUCCUCGCGAACGAUGUGCCGUCGUUUGAGGAGAAGAUGGCGUACCAUGUCGCCCGCAAGAAGAUUCCCUCUGUGGAUCUGGCUACUGGCGAGCGUGUAAAGCCAUCGUCGCCGAACGGUAUCAAGCUGGAGCUUUUCAUCUUCGACGUGUUCCCCUUCUGUGCCGACUUGGCCAUCCACGAAGUAGAACGUCGCGAAGAGUUCAGCCCGUUGAAGAAUGCCAGUGGCACAGCGUCGGACAACCCAGAGACGUCGCGCCGCGAUUUGCUUGCACAGCAGCGCCGCUGGCUGCAGCAAGCCGGCGCCUCGGUCGCAGACGACGUGGAUGUCGAGCUGAGUCCGCUGGUGACGUACGCUGGCGAAGGUCUCGAGCGUGCUCAAGGCCGUACGUUUGCCGAGUCGGGCAACGUGGAGUCGUUGUAG